GUCAAGGCUUGUAGCAUCCAUACAACGGCCUGUAUUUAUUCAGGAAUAAAAAAAAUGAGAGGAACACAGAGAGGCAGUGCGGAGUAGCGCAACAUUGGGGUUCUGGUUAAAAAGCUGGCAUAUAUAUUUAUUGUAUAGUACUUUGUUUCUCAGUUGAGCGGCAACAGAAGGAAUACGGUCUCUCUUUUCUCCCUUUCAGCGCUGUGUUGUGAUAUAAUCAGCCCCGGCUGGUGUUCUUUAGGAGAAGGGUCGCGGGAAGCCUGGCGCAUGUCCCAGGAGACUGGACACUAGGUGGGCUACACACUGGACAGGUGCCAGCCCAUUGCUGGGAUGGUGAAUGGCAAAGGCUGAGAAGUGAUCCAAACCACCAUCUCAUUCACCACAGUUUCGUCAUCCCAGGGCCAUGUCUCUGACUACUGUCCUCAGUCCAUCCUUAGAGUCUAUGCCAGUCUCUAUCCGUACACUUGUCCCUACUCUUUCCAGCCCCGUCCUCAUCAGUUCCGUGGUGAGCAGGACAGAACUGGACAAUGCUGCAUACAGAACCACUUUCCCCACCGUCACUGUACCAGCCAAUGAGACUGGUUUUAAUUCCACGCAGCUCCCUGUGGCAUCUGUGGAUGGUACUGGUAUGGGUAUGGUCCUUAUGCCUUUUGGCAUAAUCAGCAUUGUUGGAUUGGCUUUUUUUGUGAUGUUCUACAUAAGGAAAAAGAAAAGACUGGAGAAGUUGAGGCACCAGCUGAUGCCCAUGUAUAACUUUGACCCAGGCGAGGAGCAGGAUGACUUGGAACAGGAACUUCUGGAUCACGGGCGGGAGGGCAGUCCCGCAGGACCAAAUUCCAAAACUCUGACAGCGGGUCAGGGAGGCGCUCAGGUGGCGAGUCGACUAGUCUUUACGGACGUUGCUGAUGCCAUAAACGUAUGACGCAUCACUUCUGCAGCCUAAGUGAAGAUUCUGGAAACCUCCGGAGACAUCAUGGAGAGAACAGGAAUAUUCCAGGGUCUGUUUUUCAUACUUUUCUGGAAUCAGACGGCGGUUUGCAAACAUCUGUAGACUAUAAGAAAAGUUUUGAACUACUGUAUCUCUAAGAGACUGUUAAGAUUAGGUUGCAUUUGCUGUAUUUAAAAAAGGAGAUUUCUGUUGCGUUUCGGUACAUUUUAUACAAAUGAGUAUUUCAGUUCUUUUCCAAGGAACCCUUUUAAAUGGAGGUCUACUUUUGAUUACAGCUUUGAAACGUUUAUUCUUUAGGUGUGUAUAAAUAUAGUAGAAAUGGAUGGGGGUCAAGUCACAGAUACAAUAAAGAACCUGAUCAGAACAAUUCAAUGCUAACAGGAUAUCUGUUAGCAUUGAAUUGUUCUGAUCAGGUUCUUUAUCUGACUCUACACAGUCAACAUUUAUAGAAAGAGAGAGCGAUUUAUAAAUUAUAUUCAUGUCAAACCAGCACUUGUGAAUGGAGGUGAAGAACAUUUACAAAAGACUUCAAGCACAGUAUGGUGAUGAUGCCUUUCUUAUUUUUAAAGAAGGAUGCUGUGCAUCCUUGAACCAGCCGGGAACAUUUAGUUAGUUGAUCGCCUGGUCCCUGAAAAUCAACAUGUAACUUGUCACCAAGUUGCAGGAGAGGUACGUCUGUGCGUUGGAAUUGUGCACAAAAUCAUUCACAAACACCACUUGCACAUUACUGGAACUCAGCUGGAAAUUAUUGCCACAGCUCUGAGUACAGUCAAGACCUUACUUUCGACAUGUUUCGGCCAUUAAAGGAGUUUCUUGGAGGCCAGGUUCAUGAAGGAGACAGUCCGAUCAUGUAGGGGUUUUACUGUCAUAACUAUGAUCUGUUAUUCUGCGCAAUCAAAAGUCCUGGUUUGACUCGAAUGGCCCUCAUAUGUUAUAUGUAAGAUCUCAAAAGAUAACAGGUAUGACAAAUGGAGACAGGUUAUUUAACUUGAGAUGAAACAUCUCUGAGAAUCACUGAGAUCUGAAGCUUUCUACAGAACUCUGCUUCUUGAAAUGCUUCUGUGAAACUGCACAGUGUUACAGAAUCAGGCCAUGAUGAAUUUCAAAGUAACCAUAAUGUCAGUUCAUGGCCCUGUAUAAAACAGGGUGAAAUGAAAAAACACUGCAAUAGAAGCAACUUUUGUCUUCAAAUUAAGUUGUUAAAAUAAAUCGAUAUCAUGAAGCAUGCUCCUCAUGUUUCUAGUAGAUUUUUGUGCACUUGCCGUGAAGUGGGCUUCCUUCCUUUCUCCCCUUUUUCCAGAGUGUGAGUGCUGUUUGCUUCCUUCUUUGAAUAUUAAGGAAUGUAAUAAUUGUUGGUUUAAAUAGAUUAAUUUUUUUAGAGGGAAAGAAAAAAAUUAUCAUCUGAGUGUGUGUGUAUGAAUCCUACCAUGGAGUCAAUGUCUGUGGCAGUGUUUCACACUUUUCAAAACCAGCAACAUUACAGAACGUUUGUAAUGUGU